UUGUUAUUUCUUCUAUAUUGCAUUGGAAUGGAAGAUAAGAUGCAACAUAACCCCCCUAACAACACUCCAACCCAACAUGGUUCCGAGAAAACUGAACCGGUUAGGUCAAGAUGGACACCAAAACCAGAACAAAUUCUCAUACUUGAAUCCAUCUUCAAUAGUGGUAUGGUUAAUCCACCAAAAGAAGAAACCAUCAAAAUAAGAAAACUUCUUGAAAAAUUUGGCAACGUCGGCGACGCGAACGUUUUUUACUGGUUUCAAAACCGCCGGUCUAGAUCUCGUCGCCGACAACGCCAGAUGCAACAAGCAACACUUGAUCAACAAAAAAAUCAGAUGUUGAUGAUGCAACAACCUCAACAAGUUGUUGUUAAUGAUGGUGCAAGUGCAAUGAAUAAUUCAUGUGAUAUGGUUCAAACUAAUUAUCCAAUAAUAGGUGGUUUUGGUGGUGGUUCUUCUUGUUUGAAUGAUACUUCUGGUUCUUCUUCUUCUUCUUCUUCAUGUGGUGGUGUUGUUAGUGGUCAACAAGGCAUGGAUGGUUUCUUUUCAGUUUCUUCUCAAAUGGGUUUUCUUGGAAUUGAUCAAACUUUGAAUCCAUCUUCACUUUUGUGCCCUCCUUUUUCCUCCAAUUUGAACUAUCACUCUGGAUAUGGAGGUGCUGCUACAGGAUUGAUAACAGUGUUUAUCAAUGGAAUAGCAACAGAAAUUCAGGCAGGGCCAAUAGACAUCAAAACAGUGUUUGGAGAUGAUGUGAUGUUAGUUCAUUCUUCUGGUGUGCCAGUUCCCACAAAUGAACAUGGCAUCUUGAUUCAGUGCUUGCAUCAUGGUGAAAGCUACUUUCUGGUAUCAAAGUCAACACAAGUAUGA